AUGCGAUACAUGAUCGACUUCCGCCAACGCGUAGCUAAAGGACACAGAUUUUUUCCGACCUGCAUGGCGUCCUGUUUCUCCUGGAUUAAACCAAGCAAAUGUAUCCCAAUACCUCAAUCCUCAGUGGCUCCAGUGGAGGGGAGGUUACGUCGCAGUGUGCCAACCCUGCCAGCCAUCAAGCCAGACAGGCUAAAAACAGCUAAAGCACUUGUGGAGAAAGCUGUGAAGUUGAGAAAAGUGUUUUCAGUGCAGGGACCUUAUCCUGUGAUCCGUGCUGCCUUGUGGUCCAGAGGGUGGGUGGAACGUCGUUUGCUCCCUGCUGCUCAAAAAGCACCACAUUGCCAUAGUGAUGAGGAGGAGGAGGAUGGAGAGGAAGGCGAUGUCUGUGUUGCUGUUACUGACCGAGCGGAUGAAGGCAAGAAAGAGGAGAACCUUGAUGACAUGUAUGACCUCAUGUCUCGCCUGGUUCGAAAUGAAACAACCUAUUUCUACUGGACAACCCGCCGGGAUUACAUAGACUGUCGCUCCUUACAGAAUGACCAAAUGACCAAUCACUAUGCAAACUCUGCAGCGUUUACAACCAAGGUGGGGCUCUGUCUGAACCUACGUAACCUUCGGUGGUUUGACGCAGCAGAUCCUGACACUUUCUUCCCAAGAUGCUACAAGCUUGGGGCAGAGGAUGAAAAGCAUGCAUUUAUAGAAGACUUCAGGAGGACGGCGUGCACCAGUCUGCUGCAGCAUGUUGUUGAGACAAGUAGAAGGAACAAAGACAGAGCAGAAGACUUGAAUGAUGGGCAACAUCAGUUUGCUGGUCCAGGAUUAAUCCACUUUGCUCUACACAUGUGUGAAGAGUUCCUUAGUGUUUUGGAGCACAAUGACAUUGAUGUUAGCGUUGAAACAUCUUUGGAGGAGCCACAGUGGGCCGCAUUUCUUCAAGAUUACUACAAGGUUGUACAUGAAGGUGCUCUGCUCAGGGGUAGCCAUGCAACCGUGGACCGCUGCCAGGCAAUGUUAAUCAGGCUGCGGGAGGUUUGCCCUCAACUGGAUACAGAUGGACUAAACAACAUCUGGAUCAUCAAACCAGGAGCAAAGUCUAGAGGACGAGGUAUUAUGUGUAUGAAUCGUCUGGAGGAGAUUUUAGCCCUUGUUGAAAGUGACAGAGUGCCCUCUAAGGAGAGCAAGUGGGUGGUUCAGAAAUACCUGGAACGUCCUCUGUUAGUCCAUGGCACCAAGUUUGACCUCCGUCAGUGGUUCCUCGUCACGGACUGGAACCCUCUGACUGUUUGGCUCUACAAAGAGUGCUACCUGCGCUUCUCCACUCAGCCUUACUCAGUAAAGUCUCUGGACAGUUCAGUCCACCUGUGCAACAACUCCAUCCAGAAACACUUCCAGCCGUCAAGUGACCGCUAUCCAGGACUUCCUGAGGACAACAUGUGGACCUGCUCUCAGUUUAGGGCUUGUCUGCAAAGACAGGGCCGUGGAGCAGAGUGGGAUUCAGUGGUGGUCCCAGGCAUGCAGCAAGCAGUAGUCCGGGCCUUGCAGACAGCGAAAGACUUGGUUGAGCCUCGAAAAGCAAGCUUUGAGCUCUAUGGAGCAGACUUUAUACUGGACAGGGAUCUGAGGCCCUGGCUCCUGGAGAUUAAUGCAAGUCCUACCAUGGCAUGUUCCACCGCUGUGACUGCUCGCCUCUGCCCCGCUGUGCAGCUGGACACACUGAGGGUUGUGCUCGACCGACGGACUGAUCCGAAUGCGUACACAGGAGGCUUUCAGCUGAUGUACAAACAGGCUGCAGUUGAAGUUCCUCAGUAUAUGGGACUGAAUCUGCUGGUGGAAGGAGCCCCACUAAGGCGAUCCAGACCUCUACCUCAUAGACAAAGUGUCACAUCAAACCCACCUCCCAGUAUCCAGCCAUCAUUAGACCAGUCAUGUUCAGAGGAUGUUGAAACAACACAUGGACUAUCAGGUCAGAAACAUUUAGCAGUCUCUGCUUUAAAACACUCAAGCAAGGAGAAUCAGGCUGUUGGAGAGAAAAAGAGGCAGAUGCUGUCAACAUCUCCUAAGAGAGGAGAAAAGACUACCUCCUGUGUUCGCAGGUAUGGUCAGCAGCCUUUGCUGGCUCACAUUGAACCUCAGAGGAAAGCCAGACGUUUGGGCUUUUAUCUCGGUGCCAAAAAAGAAACUCUGGUACCACGGAGUCUCUCCUUUUCCCUCAGCCAAUCUCUCAGCAUGCCACAUUGUCAAUCUCAGCCUAAUCCAGGUCAAAGAUCCCACAUCUCCAGAUGCUUCGCCCAGACAGCCUCUGGGCCUCAACAGAAGAAAUCUGCCAAGGGUUUCUCAUCAUCCCAGGGUCUCCUUCCUACACUUGAGGUUUUUAGUUUGCGACCAAACAUUGUUGCCAGAACUAGUACAUGCCUCUGUCCAAACUUGUCCUCUAAUCUCAGCGUCCACAAACAUCAGUCGUUCCUCUGCUUUGGAAGACAAAGCAUGGUCAAAUGUAAAGGAGCGGACACAGAGGAACAGGAACUCUAG